AUGACGAAUCAUUCAGCCACGGACACGGGUUUGCCGUCGUCACAGCAGCAGCACGCCAUUUCAACCAGAGACUUGAACAUGGACACGACGUCUAGGAUGCCUAGCACUGUGAUGCGGCGCGCUGCUUCACCUGCCUCUUCGCUCCCUGCUGAGAAUGGAAAUGUCACCUCGCAGCAGGACGAGCAAAAUGAACAGGCCUCAGUAAAGGCCUCCACCGUGAUUGAUGCCCAACCACCCAUGAACUAUCCGCAGCAAGGGCGCACAAGGUCAAAUCCGGCAAGGGAAGACAAGGAAACCAGCUACGCCAUCUUCGAUGAACCGCGGCCAGACGCGGGUCAAGGUGCUGCUGCCGUCUCGAGUCGCUGGGAGGCAACGAGAAACUCGUCUAGAGACUCUUCGUCAUCGUGCGAUACAGUUUCCUUGGCUGAAGAUCAGAGUGGGGAAUGGGCAACGCAAGUUGUGACGAAAAGGACAUCGUCACUGUUGCGCUGGGGGUGGGACAUGGCGAGCUUGGACUUUUUGCCGAAUGAGGUUCUGAUGCACAUCCUCGGCUUCCUGGAUGUCAGUGACCUGCUGGCCACUUCGAGGAUCAACCACCACUUCCGCACCCUUUCCAUUCAUCCAAUCCUGCACGCAUAUCGUUUACAACGUGCCCGCAGCAUUCUCCCACCCCUCCUGACCUCGCCCUCGCGCCCCACACUCGCCGAGCUCAUCGCGCGCCACAUCUUCCUCACGCACACGACGCAGAUCUCACGUCGCCUUGCCCGCAACCUCGUCGCCAUCCGGCUCUCACGUCGCCUGCCCCAGCGCCCCUCCGCCGAGACUCUCGUCCAGCGCGGAGUGCUGCCACCCGAGUGCUCGUCGGUGGCGCCGGGGCUCGUGGCCAAGAAGCGCGCCGUCGAGAAGGAGAGGCUGAAGGACGGCCUGCGGAAGUGGGUCGGCGCCGUCUGGAGGGGCGAGGUGAGGGAGCGGAGCGAGGGCGUCAAGAAGUGGGAGGAGAGCGCCGGCGUGGGGAGGGUGUGGAGGCUGCGCCGCUUCUGGGAGCGCGUGGGGCAUGAGUGA